AUGGCGUGCGUCCGAAUGCCCGUUUGGAUUCUCCUGCUUUCGGUCUCCAUGUGCCACUCGGCGGCUGUCGACGGACGUAGAGUAAAGCGUGACUCGUGUCGUGCUAGGCACCUGAGCCGGGCCGAGAUGGUGGACGGCCGCUGCAUGCCAGUCCAGGAAUGCAUCCAGUCCCUGAAGGACGUGGGCAGGCUCAGGUCUCCCAUAUACUGCGGACUUCGCGGUUUACGGCCCAUCGUGUGCUGCCCUCAACCCGAAGAGCCCACGACGACUACCGCCACCGUCACGACAACUACAGACACAACGAGUACGUCACCGACUUCAGCGCAGUUAAUGAUGGAUCCCUGCCAGACAGAGAAUGGCCAGCCGGGCAUUUGCAUGCCGCUCUUCGACUGCAAGGAGCUCGAGGAUCAAAUGAGCCAGGGCAAGUUCCCUCCCCUCUGCAGUAUCCAGAAGCGUGUGCCCUACGCCUGCUGCCCACGCAACGAGACAUUAUCGCUGGAACCAAUUCAGGGGGACGUCAUGGCUCGCGCACUCAAGACCUCUGAGCUCGACUACGAGAACGGACUUUUCUGCGGGAAAACUGCACCUCGCCCUGACGACGAAUUGCUUCUCCCUCUUCGUCUUAAGACCAUUGGAGGGAGGAACGCAGCCAAAGGUUCCUACCCCUUUGCGGUAGCCAUUUUUCGCAACAAACUGAGCUUCGAAAACUUCUGGUGUGGAGGUACGCUCAUCACGAGAACCAUCGUCUUGUCCGCAGCUCACUGCUUCUACAAAUCACCUAACGGCACGCAAUACCUGGCCCGUAUCGGGGAGGUCAAGAUUUCGGGCACGAAGAAAAACUCGACUCUGGAGCGGAACGUCACGUCGGUAGUCGUGCACCCCGACUACAACGAGCGGCAGCACUACGCCGACGUGGCUCUGCUGAUGCUCGACGCACCGGCACGCCGGAGAAGACUCAGGAGACCAUUUGCCUGCCUGCCGGACGCCGGCGCGGAGCCCGACAAUGACCAGGCCAUCGUCCUGGGCUGGGGUCACGACGCAUUCGGCGGACGAGUCCACAGCCAUCUUCAGGAGGUCAGGGUGCCCCUGGUGGCAAACGACGUCUGCGACGAGUCCUACCGCUCACUCGAAAACUACGCACGGGAGUUCCCCCGAGGCGUCAACGACGACUUCGUUUGCGCGGGAAACCUUACAUAUGGCGGCGUCGAUGCUUGUCAGCAAGAUUCCGGUGGGCCCCUGGUGAUGGAAACCACACGGAACAGCCAAAAAGUCUUCGAAGUCAUCGGAGUAGUUUCCUUUGGUGUGGGCUGCGGAUCACCAAACUUUCCUGGAGUGUAUGCCAGGGUUUCCACGUAUAGAGACUGGAUUUUAAACAAAAUGACUCAAGUGCUGCCCGACAGCCAAAUAGGCCUGGUCAGGGACUUCUGA